AUGAGAUCCAUCUAAUAUUCAUUCUCAACAGUUUUUGAUAAAAUAAUAAAAAGGUAAAUACCUGCAAAAAUCAUAUAUGAGGAUAAACAUGUAAGAAUUUUCUUAUAAUUAAGUGUUUAGCUUUUGAGGAUAUAAAUCCUAAAGCAAAAAUACAUGUUUUAGUAAUACCAAAAGAGCAUUUAGAUAGAUUAUCAAAUGCCACUGAGUAGCAUAUUAAUCUAUUAGGAAAUUUGAUGUAUGCAGUGAAUAGGAUAGGAAAAUAACUGCAAUUGGAAGGAUAUAGAGUGAUAAUAAAUGAUGGAUAAAAAGGAGGUUAAACAGUGUUUCAUUUACACGCUCAUAUAUUGAGUGGAGAAAAUUUACCUGGAUUUGAAUGAA